UCAACGGCUUUCAGUACUGCGUUGUUUUCGGCUUUAUGGAAAAUUUUUAUUGCGGCGUGUUGAAUCUUGAUAAGAAGUUUGUGAAUAUAUUUCAAAGUGAAUUUAAAUGUCUCAAUAAAUAAAACGCGGUUCAUUCGGAGGUGAUUUUGAUUGUGCUGUGGAAUAAACGAAUAAUCAUGAUGAUGGAAAACCUGGAUCAUGUCUAUUGCAACACGGCUUCCGCCGAUGUUGGUAGCAAAGAUUCGUCGGAACAGAUGAGUCUGUUCAAGGAGGUGAAACAAUUGCAAUCAAUUUUGUUGCUCCAUCUAGAUCUGAUACAGGAGCAAAGUGAUCAAAUCCUGGCCAAGGAUAAAAUGAUUAUCAAAUUAAAAGAUGAGAAUGAAAUGCUCAAGCAUCAGCUGGAACUAGUCAACAAACGGCUUCAGCAAAUGAAACAUCAGAAAGAGCAACGCGAAAUAGGCAUUCCAAUUAGAAAUGUUACUGUUGACAAAGUGUACGAAUACAACAACCGCGUAAUUUCAAGUGUCGUACCGGAGCCGGCUCCACGAGAACAAUUAUCAGAUGCAACCAAUGCUGUCAAAAUAAUUAAAAAGGAAGUCAUUUCCAACGACUACGACAGUUUCGAUGUGAUUUGUCAAGAUUUCAGCGGCGAGCUGGAAUCCGACAUCAAAAUUGAAAAUAACGAGAUUGAAGAGGAAAUUUUUCUCAACUACUCCAAGUCUGACGACGAAUCUGUUCCUUCAAAUGAGCCACCGAUAGUUGAAACAAUCCCCCCGGUGGAAUCAAGACCCAACAGUUGCAGCACACCAAUCAGUUAUGGCGUCAUCUCCUCGCAACCACUGAAAAAUAUUAAAUCAGAAAACAAGGGCCAAUCUGUCAAAAGCAGCGACAGCGAAGACAUAGUCAACAAUCUGCAGCAAUCAGAAGAGGAUCCGGCAUCUAAAACAGAGGUUAUUGUUAUCAAUGAUGAUCCGAUUAAAAGUAGUUUGUACAAUCCGGUUUGUUCAUCGGGAAAUUCUUCGGAUGGUAGUUCGGUAAGGAAAUCGUGCAAAUUUAUGAUGACAUCGAAACCAUACAUCACAUGUAAUUGGAAAGAUGAAGCAAUAACUAAUGAUCUGGACCGGCUACUCGAGAAUGAGGCUGCUGAGCUGGAAGUUCCAUGUUGGACAGUGAUUGAAGAUAAUUACGAGUGUUUGUCAAGUCCCAGUGAAUUAACGUCGGAAAACAUUAGUGAAGAAGUAUAUUUAAAGCGCCAUGCAAAGUUUGAAAUUGAUGAGCGGCGGCGCAAAAAAUGGGAUGUUCAAAGAAUUCGCGAGCAAAAGAAUAUCGAGCGCCUCAAGAAACGACACCUAAAGGCCGACUCGGAUUGUGAACAGAAGAACAUUGGAUCGUUCUUCCCGUCAGUCGAGUCCAUCAAAUACGUACAAAUUACCGAAGACAUACCAGUGCAAGCAUUUGGAGAGUUGAUUCCGAUCCUACCUACCAGUAGUUUCAGCCUGCCCUGGAUGGCAGCGCAUAUUGACACGACGAGUAUUAACAAUGUUACGCCAUCGGAACUGGGCCCGGGGCCGCUAUUCAGUGCGGCGACUGGCAUUCCAACGACAACGACCUCCGGCGCUUCAUGCUCAACAUCGCAGGAGCAGAAAACAAAAUUCAUGCAUCGCCUAGGACCCAACCUAAACAUUCAGAAACAGCGGUUUACGAAACGCAUCAAGAAAGAAAACUAAACAAAAUAUCAACUCGACUGACGCGGCUGGUGAUGUGCUUUAACGGGAAUCUACUGGAAGUGAUUUUAGGAGUCUGUUUGUCAAAAGUGAAUCCAAUAAGAAUCGAAAACAAAUCCAAUAGGGUUAGGGAAGCUUGUGUAAAAAUGCAAAAUAUAAAUAUGUAUC